AUGAAGCUUCUGCUCGCAUCAAUGGCCGUUCUAGCCGUGGCAGCUUACGGCUUAGAUCUAGAUGCCAAUGCGUGUCAUCCAUGCCCCCAGUUCUGGCUUUUAUUCAACGGGAACUGCUAUCGUUACUUCGGGGAGCGGGUCACUUGGCUAGAGGCUCGGGCUCGCUGCAGGGAUCACUAUUCCUUGAAUGGAAGGGCUGAUUUAGUAUCCAUCCACACGGAACAGGAGAACGCCUUCGCAUACGACCUUUUCCGCUCUUCUGCAAGCAUCACACCGGGUCUUGGUGAGCCGCCGUACUAUGGGGUUUGGAUUGGUGCCUACCAGACAACAGAAGGCUUAACCGGACCCUUCAUUUGGUCUGAUGGAUCCGGUCUAGACUUCGAGCAAUGGAUGAUUGGUCAGCCGGACAACUACGGUAACGACGAGGACUGCGCCCAUUUGUGGCGUAGGGACGCAGAAGAUGAUAUCCUCCAGCCUUGGAACGACACUCCCUGUGAUAAAUACGUGAUGCCUUCCAUUUGUAAGGUGGUCCCAAAUUAG